ACGAACGUAUUCAGUUGAGUAUCCUCUCCUCUCGCAAUCAAGUGUAAUCCGAGGCCGCCACACCUGUGCUGACAUCCUCAGAGGAAGAAAAACAAGAACAGUUCGGAUGAUGCUCGCCGUUCGCCAUCUUCCUCCAAAUUGACCGUUACAAAGUGAAGUUUUUUUUUCUUCCCUUAAAAAGCGCAGGUUUGGAAUCACGGGGAUUCAGUGACUUAAUUGUCGCCUCAGCUGAGGUCCUCGGCUGUUGCAUUGCGUCCAUCCCACACGCAUAAACAAGAGCGUCGUCGGGAUUUAAGAGGCUGCAGUCAAGAUGAUGUCCUACAUAAAACAACCUCAUUACACCAUGAACGGGUUAAAUUUGCCCGGCCCGGGAAUGGACGUGCUGCACACAACCGUCGCUUAUCCGUCCACACCCAGGAAGCAGCGAAGGGAACGGACCACCUUCACCAGAACACAAUUGGACAUCCUGGAGGCCCUGUUCUCCAAAACCCGAUACCCGGACAUCUUCAUGAGGGAGGAAGUGGCCCUCAAGAUCAACCUGCCUGAGUCACGUGUGCAGGUGUGGUUCAAGAACCGACGUGCCAAGUGCCGUCAGCAGCAGCAGCAGAGCAGCGGCCAGUCCAAACCCCGCCCCCCCAAGAAGAAGGCCUCUCCAGUCCAGGAGGCCAGCGCCCCCGAUCCCGUUCCGAAUCCUUCCGACUCCUUCAGCCCCUCAUCGGCCCAGUCGGGCUCCGGCCUGGUCCAGAGCUCCGGCACAGGAAACACCUCCGUGUCAAUCUGGAGUCCGGCCAUAUCACCCCUCCCUGACCCGCUGGCCUCCUCCACAGCCCCCUGCAUGCAGAGGCCCUCACCUUACCCGAUGAGCUACGGCCAGCCGUCGGCCUACGCCCAAGGCUACACCAGCACCACCUCCUACUUCACAGGCCUGGACUGCAGCGCCUACCUGUCCCCCAUGCACUCGCAGCUCUCGGGCACCGGGGGCGCUCUCAGCCCCAUCACCGUGCCCUCUAUGGGGGGCUCCCUAAGCCAAUCGCCCGCCUCGCUGUCUUCGCAGGGCUACAGCACCGCCUCCUCCCUUGGCUUCACCUCGGUGGACUGCCUGGACUACAAGGACCAGCAGGCCUGGAAACUGGGGUUCACUACAAUGGACUGCCUGGACCAUAAGGACCAAAACUCCUGGAAGUUCCAGGUCCUCUAGAAAGCACCACAGGGCAGCGUCCAGUUUGGUUAGUGUGAGGCAUGCUGCUUAUUUUUCUUUUGUAUAAAUUUAAUUACACUAUCAGGCCAGCGUUGUAGGGAACAGGCAUCAGGCUAGCGUUGUAGGGAACAGGCACGUGCAAAGAAAUUUUUAGGGGGAGAUGCUCAAGUUUAAAAAAAAAAAAAAAAAAAAAUGGCACCCAUUGGCAAAAUUCUUUAUACAAAAAAAAUGCACAUAUAUUUAUGUGUUGAUUUCUUUUCUGUUAUGUUUUGAUUUCUGCUCACACAACUAACACAGGUAGAAAGUCUAUACUCUACAUCCCUUUUCAAAUGCCAGGUUUGGUGAUAUACAAAAAUGACAUCCAGGCAAAUCAUUUCCUAAUUUUUACACCAACUUUUUAGGGUGGGUCAAGGUGGGCGCCGCAAAUCGGCAGGUGCACAAUUCUCACACAGGACUCGAAAAAAAUGUCCUUAAGAUAUCAAAACAUUGGUGGUGAUUGAUGACAGAAAGGCAAAUAUUGUAUUUCUUUUUGAAAAUAUUGAUAGAAAGGGCACAUUUUUUCCAUCCAGAAUUUAAGGGCUGAUGCUCAAGCACCACUCAGGGUCUGUGCGUGCACGUGCCUGGUAGAGAAGCUCUUUUCCGGCCCGAUACAUUUGGACAGCAAAUGCUGACAGGCUACAAACUGAUUUUAUAACCACAGGAUCAAAAAGCCUUUUUUUUUUUCAGUUUGUAGGAGGCCUGCACAUGAAAACAAACUGAGAGAACUCCUUCGUUAACACGGCCGACUCGGCGAGUUAAGGAGCGCUGCAAACGUCUCGACUUUCAAUUUCUUUGGAUUUCUUUCUUUCAUUAUAUGUUAUUUGUUCGCAUCGAUGUAUUCUUGGGCGUUUGUGUUCAGUUCUACGGUGUUUCGCGUUUAGUGUCAUCGUCCAAAUUCGGUUUGACAAUUAUGACCUUUCUGUUUUUUUUUUUAGUUGUGUGUCAUCUUAAAACGGUUUGUUCCUAUUAGGUAGAGGUCAGUAUGAACACAUCAUGUUCCGGUCAGGUCCAAAGCGUCAUGUUCGUCAUUUCCUCGGUCCGUCUUGGUUAUUUUUGUUGAUCUGAUUCUGGAAGUGUCCCAAUCCUCUUAGCCACCCUUCAGCAAUGCCCUAAGUGAAUUACUUGGGAUUAUUACCCUAUCCUCCUCUCUUUUUGUCUCUGUCACCUCCUCUCCUUCCUUUUCCCAGCUCUCUUGCUUUUUCCCCUACGUACUUCUUGUGUUGCUUUUUUUUUCUUUCCAGUUGCUAUUUGUGUGUCUUCUAUUUGCAUGCCAUUUAUGACAGUUUCUUGAGUCAUCGAACGAAAUUCCUUUUCACAGUGGCUCAAACAUUUCCCCCCCAUAUCACUAUAUGAAUCAUCCCCUUCUUUCCACCCUUGCCACACUCCUCCUCUGACAAUUUGGUAAUCCCGCCAUGACCUGAUUACCGCCACACGAAUGUCCAAUGCAUCCAACAACAUGUUUAUGUCGCAAAUGCCAUCCCGUCCAAUCCUUCCAACUCUAGAUAUUCAAUGACUUUUAAUGCAUUUAAUUUGCCAUGUUUCUAAAUCUUGAUUGAUUUCCAUUUCGUUUUAUUGUAUUGAUGCGUAGAGGUGUUAUAAAUUCAUUUUGGAUGUGAUUUCAAAAAAGAACAAACAAACAAAACAAAAAAAAAAGUACAUUAAAAUGACGUUGGAUGUAAUGUUCACAUGAAUAAUAAAACCAGAUUAUAUUUGUUGCUUUUU